GCCUCAACCUCAUUGAUUUACCUGGCCAAUUGAAAUUGAAACAAACACCCUGGGGGUAUGACGAAAGAAGAUCCCAAACAGAGCACUCUCUAUAUAAGCCGCUCAACUAACUGGAGUCUGCAGUUUGGCAUAAAACCUGGUGACUAUUUUACAGAUCUUGACAUUCUGUACUGGUGAAAUGAUGUUUCGCUUAUUAGUAGCUCUGUGCUUUGUUGCCAGCUGUUGGGCACAAGAUAAUUGCUUACUAAGCAACAUCAACGUGAUGCAAAAUUUUGAUAGACACAGAUAUGCAGGAACAUGGUACGCUGUUGCCAAAAAAGACCCAGAGGGACUUUUUCUUCUAGAUAACAUAAAAGCUAACUAUGUUAUCAAUGAGGAUGGUGUAAUGACCGCCACAGCCGAGGGAAGAGUCAUCAUUUUAAAUAACUGGGAGCUGUGUGCAGAAAUGUUUGGCACUUUUGAGGAUACAGUUGACCCUGCUAAAUUCAAGAUGAAGUACUGGGGAGCUGCAGCUGUACUUCAACAAGGACUUGACAACCACUGGGUUAUAGACACAGACUAUGACAACUAUGCCAUCCACUACUCCUGCCGCGAGCAGAGCUGGGAUGGCACCUGCUUGGACAGCUACUCCUUCAUCUUCUCCCGUGACCCUAAAGGCCUGACCCCAGAGUCACAGAGGAUUGUCAGGAAGAAGCAGGAGGGGCUCUGCUUGGUUGGGAAAUACAGGCGUGUGGCUCAGGACGGAUUCUGCAAUAAGUACAGAGGACAGUAUUAAAGAAGACAACAUGGAUCGUGUUGCAGUAUCUUUCCAGAGAAGAAGUAAACUGCUGAUUGUAUUCUAUGAAUCUAGUUUCAUCCUAUAGACUUCAUUUUUACAAAAGAUGUUCACUUAGUCAUUUCAGAUAUAAUUUCAUGCACACGGCAAGUUUUGUUGUUGUUUUUCUUUUUUAUUAAAAACAGUAUGUACAUA